AUGGCCACUGAAGCAAACUUGCCCAGGGACUCGAUAUCGACGAGCCAGUCACCGCUAGUGUUGGGCCUCCAGGACGACAUUCCCAAGCCAGUAUGGAAUCCAGCUCCUGCAAUUGUCACCCUCUACGACUUCCCUUCGAUGGAGCCCAUCCAGCACCUCGAAUAUAAGGCCGAACACCUACUCCUUCCUCUGCGCCGAGACAUACUGCACCGUGCUGUCAUCUACGAGGGCGACAAGACUCGACAAGGUACUGCUAGCACAAAAUGGAGAGAUGAAGUACGAGGUAGCGGGAGGAAGAUUCGGCCUCAGAAGGGUUCAGGAAAAGCCCGACUAGGUGACAAGAAGUCGCCAAUGCUGAGAGGCGGUGGUGUAGCCCACGGCCCCCAUCCACGAGACUUUUCGACCGACCUACCACGAAAGAUUUACGAUAAAGCCUGGCGGACGGCGCUGAGCUACAGAUACCAGCGAGGCCAGCUGAUUGUUAUCAAUGACAACAUCUCCCUUGAGCGCGGGUCUACGGUCCAUCUGCUCCAGGAUAUUAUUCAAACACACGGCUGGGGCAGCGAAUUUGGCCGGUCAUCGCUCAUCACGGAGGUCAAGAAGGAAAGGCUCUUCAGGACUGUUGCAGAACUUGGUCGAGAUGCAAGGGCUUUGGAUCGUGCGGAUGUUGACGUGAAGGAUCUACUCGAGACCGGACGAUUGAUCAUUGAGAAGCAGGCCUUGGACAAGAUGCUCGCCCUCCACUCGAGUGACCUUGGCCGUCCUCUUGCAGACCUGUGA